CUCUGAAUAGAGCAACAUGUCUCCAGUUGUGGACGAGACAGCCGGGGACCUCCCAGUCAGGGACGUGGGGCUGAUGAGAGGAGGACUGAUGCCGACCAUGCCAGACACGCUACGAGAUGUAAAGUCAUGGAAGAGGCAUCAUGUCAUCAGGUCAAAAGCAGAUCCUCAGCGCCUGUUCCGGUUUCCCAGGGAGCACCUGGAGGACCUGUGUCUGCGGCUGCAGGAGGAGAACAGCGUGUUGAAACAGCACACGCGUACGCAGGAGCAGAGACUCCGCCGGAUGUCCACGAGGCUGAGCCGUCUCCGCCAGGCCCGUCCCGGGUCCGGCGGGCUGAAGGACCGGGACAUGGAGGCCACCAUACAGGAGCUGGAGGCACGCGUGGCGACGCUGGAGAGCCAGAAGGGCGUCCUGCAGAACAAACUCAGCCUGGCCAAGCAGCACAUCGUCGACCUGGGCGCCCGGACGCCAUACAAGCUCAGCAAAGGUAAAAAUGUGGAAGGGGAAGGCGGCAUCAGGCGGACGACGCAGACCGCACCGCCUCGAUACGGCCCCACGCUGGAAGACACCAGGGGGGAGAUGGACAGAUUCAGGUGCGGCGUGGCCGAGCAGGUGAGGAUGGCGGAGCUGGAGCUGACGGCCCAGGCGCUCAGAGACACCCUAAAGGACAGAGAGAGGGAGAUGGAGGGGACGGUCAGAGAGAUGAAGAGGCAGCAGGCCGACAGACACAGAAUAAACAUCAGAGAGAAUGUGGAUCUGAUCCGUCUGCAAAAGCAGCUUUCGGAGAAGAGCGCAGCCCUCAGAGUUUCUGAGGAGAAGUUCACUGAUCUGCAAGAGGCCUACGAGACGCAGCUAGACGAGAGUCAAAGAUCUCUGAGGGAAAGCCAGGGAGCUCUGCUGCAGAAGGUGGAGGAGCUGGCCGAACAGUUGAAGCAGGAAAGACACCGAGCUCUGGCACUGGAGGGACAGCUGGCCUCCAACACGGUGUCUCUGCAGACUCUGGAUAAGCUCCAAGACAGGAUUUCAGACCUGGAGGGGGAGAGGGAUCAGAUAAAAGAAAACUUUGACACUUUAUUAGAGAGAACCUUAUCUGUCAGAAACAGUCAAGACGACGUGGUGGAAAAACCAAGAGAAGUGGCCCAGAAGAAGGAGAGUGUGGGUGAAAACGUCUGCAGGACGGAUAUCCAGAGUCUGGAGGAAGCGCUGCAGGCAGAGAGGGAGGAGCGGGUCCGGCUGGAGCAGGAGAGGGACAGACUGAGGCAGGAGAAGGAAAUCCUGGAGGACGAGAGAGAACGAGAAAGAGAGAUUUCUGUGUUGUCCAGAGACAAAGAAGAGCAGCUGGAGCGGGAGGUUUUCCAGUCCAGGCAGCAGAUCUCUGCUCUUCAGGAGCGACUAGACUCCGUCACCAAGGAGUUUGACAUGAGCGUUGAAGAUCUCAGUGAGACUCUCCUGCAGAUCAAGGCCUUCAGGAUCCAGCAGGAGAACAGACAGGCUCUGCAGUUCCUCCAGGCUGACGGGACGCGGGACGGAUCGACCCGGGAGCAGGUCCAUCUGCAGGCAUCGCACGCCGAGACUGUGCUUGAGCUGCAGAAAGCCAGAAACCUUCUAGUUCUGGAGCAUCAAAUCACUAAAGACCUGCAGGAGGAGUUAGUUACCAUCAAGCAUAAGUUUGAGAGAGAACAGGAAGAGAGCAAGAGGAGAAUGGCAGAAAAGAAUAAACUUUUGUCUAAACGAGCUUUACAGAUCAACACGUUGCAAGGCCACUUGAAAGAGCUGGCGUACGGCGCCAGGAGCUCCAAGCGGACCAUUCCCACCCAAUACAUCUGGCCCGCUGGAGACGAGGAGGCAGUUCAGCCCGUCGAUGACGACAGGUCUUUCUCUCAGCUGAGGGCUGGAGAGUCUCUGCUGGAGAUCCAUCUGAAGGCCGCCACCUUCACCCCAGCAGGGCUUCGACUCAUGAGCAGCAUCUGUCCUGAAGGAGACCGGCCGGAGAGCGUGGUGACGUUCUGCACCUACUCCCUGCUGGACUUCGAGGUUCACUCCACCCCUCUGGUGUUGGGGAGCCAGCCCAGCUUCGGCUUCACGUCCCGCUACACCCUGACCGCGCGAGAUCUGGGAAGGCUAGGGGGUCAGGGGUCAAGGGUCAGAGUGGAGAUGCACCAGGCUUUAGGGGGAGUCAGAUUUGUCACCCACGGGAGUGGGCAGAUUGGUCUGAUGGGGGCGAUGGAGAGGAGAGGCGAGCGCGUUGGUGGGCGUGUCAACAUCACUGGACAUGAGGGUGAAAUCGUUGGUGUUGUGGACUUCUGGGUGCGCCUGUUCCCUCCCGCCGAGCCCCUGGGCGGCCUGCUGGGGAGCGGAGCGCCGUCGAGGAGUCCUCUGCAGCAGACGCUCGGCUGGCAGCACAGCUUUCAGGAGGAGCUGCAUGAUUACGGCGGCGGCAUCCCCAACGAGCUGCUGGUGAUGCUGGAGCACUGCGUGGGCCUCAGUGCCCGCUGGCCAGGAGUCCUCCCCGACGCCUACCUGACGUACCGGCUCUACGACCUCCCGCCCCACGUCUCCCCGACGGUCCAGUGUUCUGCCGAUCCGGUGUUCAACGACGCCGCCAGCUACCCGCUGGCGGUGACCACCGACGUGCUGCACUACCUCAGGUCGAGCAGCCUGUGGGUUUAUGUGUUCGAUGACAGCGAUGACCAGGUACCGCCGGCUUAUUUAUCCAAGACCCCCGUCCCGCUGCGAUCCCUGGCUACAGGGAAAGAGAUCAGAGGCGAUUAUGUUUUAAGAGAUGCGGCCGGAGGACCCCGGGGCAUGGUCAGGGUCACCAUGAGGUGGAAGUACCCCUUCCAACCCCCGGCGGACGUCUCGCUGAGCCGACAGGGGAGCAAAGCCAUGGAAAUCAGGAGGGAGGAGGCUGAGGCAUCGCAGAGGCCGGUCGCCAAACCCAGGGUGAAGACUCAGCAACCUGAGCCCAGGGAGACUACUGCGGUGCAGAAAGAGGUAAAAAGCCGUCCUCGGCCUCCACCGGUCAAACAGAAAAGCUCACAGAACCUGCGACCUGAACAAAGCGUCUCCGCUCCUCGUAAGUCCGCAGACAGGAAGAGAUCAACCAAGAGCUCGUCUGGAUCGUACCAGAAAACACCGACUCUCACACCGGAGCCGAGGCUGACCACACCCUCACAUUUACACAGCACCAGAUCCUCAGAAGGAAGAUCUCCCAGGCAAUCACUCACAGCUUUAUCGAGGAAAAGUUCCGCCAGCGACGCCCGGGCUCAGGACCUCCCCUCUGUGGAUCAGGUGUCAGUGUUUGAAAAGCUGGAGGAAGAGGAGAAGACUGCUGCUGGAGACGGUGAAGGCCCUGACUCUUCAGAGUCAAGCUCCUCACAGAGCGAUGUUAUCAUCGUAUCUCCAAAACGGAAGAUGCGGAAGGGUGACAAGCUCCGAGUUGAGAUUCUGUCCUUGACGUUUGAACCGUCGUCACACGUGGCGCUGGACGAGUCGGUGCAGCGGGUCUAUGUGGAGUACCGGCUGCUGGGGGUCCCGAUGGAGACCACAGAGACCCCCAUGUCGCUCCGCAAACCCACAGAGGGGGAGGAGAUUCACUACAACUUCACACGAGUGAUUUAUGUGGACGGCUCCCAGGCCGCUCCGCUCAGACAGUAUCUCUACACCAUGCUGGAGGGAACUGAUCCCAACCAGGGCAGGUUGAAGUUCACCGUGGUCAGUGAGCCGAUGGACGACGAUGACGAGUGUGUGGACGUUGGACAUGCGUUCCUCGACCUGAAGGAGCUCCUCCUCUCGGGAAACGAUGUCAUUGAAGAACAAAUUGACAUUGUGAGUGUGGAUGAGGACAAGGAGGUGAUCGGAAACCUGAAAGUGUCUCUGGAAGCAGCCAAGGCUCUGACUGGAAUAUACCAGGAGUUUCACCGCAGAGAGGAACCCAAGGAGGAAGACCAGACUGACGAAGAGGAGGAAGAAGAGAAGGAGGAGCGGGAAGAACCAGGAAGAGACAAGAAAAAAGAUCAGAUUCAAGUGAUAGAUUAUGAUGACGACAGUGACUUUGUCUGA